UGCGGCUAAAAUUUGGACGGUGAGCCGCUGCUGGAGGCAAUGUGGAUACAGUAUUCAGGUUUUCAUUUUAUAAAUAAGUGCGUCAAUACUUACGCAGACUGGCGGAAAUGUAGAUAGAGGCUUGUCUUUUUCUCUUCUUUCUUUUCCCGGUUCUGUGAGUGGUGUUCCUCGAGCGAUUUACAUGUGGACUGUCAUUCAGAAAUACUACAGCCUCACGUGUUUGACCUUAGUCUAUCUAUUUUAGAUAUUUCUUCCUACAUUUACUCUCAUAUUUUUUGCUCGCGUCGUUGCAGCCUGCUUUGUACACUUUGACAAAGUCGACUUCAUUCACUACAAGUUGGCGUUUCGGCAGACAGACGUAUGCAAAUUAUUGUUGGUUUGAAUCACGGAUUAAGUUAUCGCAAUCAUAAAACCAUUGGAGAGGAGGUGAAGGACUCUUUCUGGAGAAAGGCAUGGUAUACGUGCAGGUCAUCAGAGGGUAACACACUGUGGAGAUCUCAUCACUUUUUUACAAGGCUGAGAAUUCUUCUUUCUGAAAAUAAACCCAAAUGGAUCUUCUCUGGGUCUAUCUGUUGCUGAAGGUGGUCCUGAUGUCUGCUGCUGCCAGGGGUCCACCCAGGGUGUCAGAGCGGGUGGCCCACCGGCAAAGCAUCCGCCUGGGUCGCACCAUGAAGCUGCCCUGCCCCGUGGAGGGUGACCCCCCACCGCUCAUCAUGUGGACCAAAGAUGGUCGCAACAUCCACAGUGGCUGGACGCGGUUCAGGGUCUUACAGCACGCUCUGCGUAUCAAAGAGGUGGAGACUGAAGAUGCAGGGACUUACAUCUGUAAGGCUACCAAUGGGUUUGGCAGCGUGAACAUCAACUACACACUCAUCGUUAUAGAUGACUCCAGUUCAAGAGGUGGAGCAGGGACGGCCAAUGGUGACUCUGAACACGCCCCAGAGCUGGCCGGGAAACUGGUACGUCCACGUUUCACCCAGCCGUCAAAGAUGAGGAAGCGCGUCAUCGCUCGCCCAGUGGGCAGCUCAGUGCGUCUGAAGUGUACAGCGAGCGGUAAUCCUCGCCCCGACAUCGUCUGGCUCAAGGACAGUCGGCCGCUAGUGGACGAGGACGCUGAAGGAGGAGGAGAAGGGGAAGGAAAGAAGAAGAAGUGGACUCUGAGUCUGAAGAACCUGAUGCCGAAGCACAGCGGGAAGUACACCUGCCACGUGUCCAACAGAGCAGGAGAGAUCAACGCCACCUACAAAGUGGAAGUCAUACAGCGUACCAACUCUAAACCAAUUCUGACUGGCACUCACCCUGUCAACACCACCGUGGACUACGGAGGAACCACAUCUUUCCAGUGUAAAGUCCGCAGCGAUGUCAAGCCGGUUAUUCAGUGGCUUAAAAGAGUCGAACCUGGUGAUGAGAACAAAUUUAACUCCACAAUAGAGGUUGGAGACCACCGCUUUGUGGUCCUGCCUACAGGGGAGGUUUGGUCGCGUCCUGACGGAUCCUACCUUAACAAGCUGCUGAUAACCAGAGCCAAGGAGGAGGAUGCCGGCAUGUACAUCUGCCUCGGAGCCAAUACUAUGGGCUACAGCUUCAGGAGUGCCUACUUGACUGUGCUACCAGAUCUGAAGCCCCAAAACAACGUUGUCCUCACAGCAACAUCCCCGAGCCUCCCCUGGCCCGUCAUUAUUGGAAUACCAGCCGGGGUCGCCUUCAUCUUAGGCACCGCCCUCCUCUGGUUCUGCCAAUCAAAACGAACCUGCUCCUCUCCAUCUUCCUCUGGUCUUCCCCCUGCCCAGCGUCCACCUGCAGCCAGUCGUGACCGUGCAUGCCCAGCGCUGCCUCCUCAGACGGCCAACGGGGAUAAAGAUUGUCUUUCAUAUGAAGACUACGUUGCCCAUCAGCAGCUGCUCCUGGCUCAGGGAGGCAGUGGAUUGGCUCCCAAGGUCUACCCGAAGAUCUACACGGAUAUACACACACACACGCAUUCACACGUGGACGGGAAAGUGCACCAGCACCAGCACAUUCACUACCAGUGUUAACACGCUUUGGUGUUUCACAUUCAAUUCUUACAUGAACAUGUCCCUGUGCAUGCAGACUUAUUCACAACAGGCCAUACUAGCUGCUGACAUACACUGCAAUGAACAAGGAAAGCCACACGCAAGACACCAUGUGGAGUCAUAUUCAGAAACAUGGAGUCACGCAACUCUUCCUCAUUCUGCUGCAGCCACGUUACUGUGUAAACACAGACUUAUUCAAGACACAAACAAUGAAGAAUGUAUAAAAAGAAGACAAAUAUCCGUAUUUUUAGCUAACCCAGUGAAAUCUAUGAGAGAAAAAUCCCAAAACGUGUUUUAUUCAAAGCUCUUUUUAUAUACAAAUCUUUUCUGUAGAUUUUUCAAUCCCUUUUUUUUUUUUUUUUUGCUCAAAGGCUUUAUUCAAGCAACAAUACACUCUGCAGUUUCAAGGUAACUUUAUCUGUUAUUUAACUUUGAACACAACCACAACCUCCUCAGUAACAGUAGAAAUACAGCUCACCUACAACUAUAGCUACUCAUGUUUAUAGUGAAAUACAAUUAUAUAGCAUUUAGCACGCUACUUCAUCCUGGGUAAUCUAUAAAGAACAAUUUAGCAUGUAUGUAAUGUAAUAGCUUAAUUUCAGAGUAUAUCUCAGGCAUCAGCCCAACUGAGCCAUUAGAAACACAAACUAAGGCAAACUCCCACUGUAUCAGUACCCUCUGCAAGGAUGAGGGCUGCUGGGUUUUGCUUCUGCUGGACCGCCAACUGUUCUGAGAAAGGUCCAGCUGCUGUCUGGGUACUGUGUGAAAAAGAGCGGAUGUCAACUGGGUAUGCAUGGAUUUCUCUUUGUAGAAUGCUUUUAGCAGACGCUACAGUGGGAUUUCUGCACCAAGGAGCUCCUCCAGACCACAGUUGUAGAAGCAAUCAUUAGAUCUGUCCAAGUACACUCUGUUGACCAUUUCUGCCCCUUAAGUUCCUGGAGACAGUUGGCAUUUCCUGUUUCGCAUUGUCGCCUUUUCAGCUUUGUUUGAUGCUCGCUGACUUUAGAAGAGAGGGAUGAAGGAUAUCAGUUGUUCUCAUGUCAUGCAUUCACCUCUUAAAACCAACAGUGCAAAGGGAUCAUCAACAGUGCCUCAGUGUAAAUUAGUGCCUUAUGAGAAUUGUUUCCAGAUUUGGUGGAUCACUGUUGGAUCAUUGGAUAUGUCACAGACUCUUGUUAAUCUGUUUUGAGAUUUAGAGGGCUUAAAAGAGAGGAACUCAACUCAACUCAACUUUUCUUCUCAAAGCACCUCGCAAUAUGACCUCAAGAUUAAUGGAACGGGCUUUGCAUGUGCUCUGUUCUCCACACAUGGUUUGCCACGAAGCAGAGGGACUCAUCUGUUGUCUCUUGUUUUUAUCUAAAGAGGAAAUGUUUUGCCUUUUCAUCUGCAUUUUAGAUGCUAAAAUGGUCAAAUAAUGGAAUGUAGCUUUAAACUAAAACAGAUACCAUUAUCACAAAAAUGUAGAGCCAUAUAUGCUCCAGAACGUUAUGCUGAUUACUACAGCAGUACAUAAACUGCUCUCAGUGCUGUACAAUGGCAAUUCAUUAUAAUAGUUCCUUGAUACAUUCAAAGACAUGUCUGGGAUAUUUGAGUUUUUCUUUCGAUUCACUCGUCUGCAGAUUAUUGAAAACAUCUCUUAAGGUGGUCAAUCAUUUUAGUAUGACUGCCACCUUAAGAUAUGUUUUCAAUAAUGACAUCUGCAAAUGUGUUUUAAAUGCAUUUACAGGUGGUUUUUAAGUAUUUCAUGCUAUUUGAUUACAAUUCAGUCUCAUGUUAAUGCCAUUUGAAAGCCCCCACACACCAAUAAUACACCUCCACACGUGUUUUCAUUCCUUUUGGCUUUUUUCUUGUGUGUUUUAGAGACAUACUGAUUCUCACCUUCUCUUGUUACUUGGUUUGUUCAUGUACUGUAUUUGAAUGACUGUUAGUUGUUCUUUUACUCUCAUAUCACCCAAACUUCAUUAGAAACCAGCCCCAACAAACCUCAUCAGUACACAGCCAGUUACAUCAGACUUUCUUUCGCUCUCUCAGGUCUCCAUCUUGUUGUUCUUGUGUGUGCUCAUAAAUCUGACCACUAUAUUAAAACUGUGUAAAAUUAUAUGCUAAGAUACGAUUUAAAUUUCAGCUGCUUUACAUUACAGCACUCUCUGAAUGGCACACUCGCGUGUGCAAUGUCGCGUGUCCAAAGAUGUUUAAAAAUAAAAUAUAUAUAUUUGAAAUAUAAAAAAAAAAAACUUUAAACAAAAAUUAAGCUUGUCAUGUAGUUGAUUGCACAAGUGAGUUUCUCUCUGCAGACCUUCAGGACAAAAUACAACAGUGAGACGGGAAGUGAUUUAUUGAAAUUAACUUUAGUUACACGUGGACGUUCUUAAGCAUGUAUUUUUGCACAUAAAUCUUAAAACUCAAGUAGGAAAAUGAACAAAUAUACACAUGAAAAAUUCUUAUAUGCCCAUUUUUUAUAAUAAUCAUUGGUAUGUUAUCAUUGCCCUGAAAAGCUUUGAAAUUAUGUCCUGUUCAGGCCUCUAGUUUCUUUCUUUGCUUUAAUUUAGUUUCAAACCUGUGAAGUUCUUUGUAUUAUUUCACUUUUUGAAUAACAAGACUUUUAAGGUGUAGGCUAUAAAACCUUCAGGCUUCAGAUAUGGAUUAUCUUUCUUGUUCAUCGUUCCAGCAUAGUGGCCUCUCUCCUUACCUGUAUAACAACUAAAUUACAUAUAACAUUAACAUUAUUAGAUGUUAAAGUACAUCAGAACAGCAACAAUAAGCAUAUAUCAAAAAUGAUUUCCCUCACUAACACCUUUAACUGAAGAUAGGUCUUCUUCCUCUGUAAUAUUCUUUGUCCUUCCAUCGUCUAUUUAAAAACAUCUGUUGAGAAAGUCACCCUGAGCAGCUGGAGUGUAUUCUUUAAUUGUAAAGUUUUUCUUUCAAUGUUGGAGGGGUGGAAAUGUUUCCAAACAGUAACAUUUUCCACAAUUAGUGCUUUGUUUUUCUGUGAAAAACUGUUGUCUGAUCAGUUAACCUUUUCACUCAUUUCACACAUUCAUUUCACACAUUUCAAAACCAAGUUUUAUUGUAUUAAAGCUAAUGGACUGCCAGUAGACAGACUGUGUAUGUGCAUUUACCACAGGCAUGUACACGGAAUGACAUUAGUGUUGAAAUUAUAGUAAGUGUUAGAUAAUCUAGUGAGAAUACUUUGGACCAUACAGUAGUUCUAGCAACACAUUGGCCCACUAAACAUUGUGAAUUGUCUCAAGAUUCAAAAAGAAAGUGUGUUUCUAAUUUAUUUUUCUUUUAAACAUGUUUUUUUUUCAUAUAAUUGGGCAUUAUACUGCAUGAGUGGAUUUUGUGUUAUGGUUGUAAUGUAAGCUAUGAAACAAAUACCAUGUUCAUGUCAUUGUAAGAUACUGUAUUUAUACAUGCUGACAGAAUAUACAACAUUUUAUCGAUUAUCUUGGUAUAGACAAUCUUGUACAGUCAUUGUCAUUUAGGUUAAAAUUUUAUUUUCUCCAACUGUAAUCAUUUUAUUGGUGCCAUUAAAAGAAAAGGUAAAUCUA